AUGCCAUGGGGCGCCCCGCCUGUAGGGGCAGCAGCAGCAUCACAAGCGCCAUCUCAAGAGGCCCCAGCAGACCCUUCAGCAGCUGCCCCGGCACCUGCUGCGGUAUCUGCCACAGCUUCAGGUGUGCUUACUUCAAGUUGCAACUCCCCACUGCAGCAACGCAACAAACGAGCAUUGUUCACUGGGGGUACGCCGAGUAGAUACUCCUGCAGUCACAAGGGGGCCCCCAUCUCAGCGGAGGCCCUCAGGCGCUUCUUCGGCGUUAAGGGUUCCUCCACCUCUUUCGAAGCCCAGAAGAGGGAGAGAGAUGAGUCUUCAGCGCCUUCUGCACCAACCGAGUCAAGUAACUACUCCCGCAUAUUUCCAGCAUCGUGUGCGGCUGCGGGGGCGCCUGCAUCUGUCGCUGCAUCUUCUGCUGCGUACACUCCAGCAGAAGAAGCAGCAUCAGACUCAUCACGGAGACUGGCCUCUUCAGCAGCCAAUGUGUCUGAACCAGGCCCAGCAACAGCACUGCUGAAGCCAGGAGACGCUGCGUCUACUGGUGCUGUAUGUUGGCGGCUUAAGCGUUACCUUAAACCCUGCAGCGCCGUCAACUUCUGCAACAAACAACGCUGCACAGGCAGCGGUGUGUCGGCGCCGUUAGCUUUUCCACAUGGUGCUGCUAUUGCUGCUGCGGAAUCCAGCAGCAGCAGCACAUCUCUCUCAAGAGCAGAAUGCAGCCGCAUGGGAAUGAAAGGCAUUUCUGCUGCUGCUACCCUUCAGGAAACGGGCGUCGUGAGCAAACGAGCUGCAGUGAGAGCCCCAGAAAGUGCACCAGUCGCAGCAGCAGGGAACGCCUCCCGUGCAGGGUGCACCCCAGAAGACCUCGGAAGGGGCAAUGGGGGAAGAAAAAACGCCCCUGCAGUUGCAGCUUCUGAUGCGGCGUCUGCUACUGCUACACCUUCUGCUGGUUUUAGCGACAGUACUGCUGUGGUGUGCCAUUCACGUCCAUGGGCAGAUCUGCCUGAUCCGCUUGUGCUGCAAGUACUUGACUUCGGCGGGAGAGAGAUUGCAAUGACUUGCCGUCGGUUUGCUGGGCUCAUACGGCGCCAGCGGCGGGUGUUGCGCUUUUCUGGGGACGCGUCAACGACCUCUUCUGCGGAGGCCCUGAUACGGGCGAUAAUGAGCUCGCCGGGUCUGCGGCUGUUGGAGAUUACUGCUGGGGGUGGCUUGAGUGCCUCUCAAAUGGACCGACUUUCCAGAGCCCGCAGCAGCUCCCUGCCUCAAAAGCUGCAGGUCUUGGUGAUGCGUCGGUGCAACAGACUUACUGACAAGAGCCUUAGGACGCUUCUUCUCAGACUGCGCGAGCUUCGGUGUGUAGAUCUCCGUGACUCCUUCUCACUGACAGAUGAAGCUCUUUCGACUUUGGGGUUUCUGCCUCGGCUGGAGCGAGUGGCCUUGGGGUUGACAGCCGGCGCCCGAGGGUGCUGUCGGCUUACCUGCCGCUCCCUCAAGGCCCUCUUGACACCACAGCGGCAAGAACAGCCGCAACAGAAGCAGCAGCAGCAGCAGGAUUCUCAACAGCCGCAAGGACAAGCGCAGGCUCACCGACCGCAUCCGGAGCAGGCGCAAGAGGGCUGCAUAUCCCCCAUUAAGUUUCUCUCUCUUGCACGUUGUAGCGAAAUGAAGGACUUCACUGUACUGGUCAACGCAAAAGCGACGCUUGAGUUUCUCGAUCUACGCGGGACAGCAAUCGACGACACCUCCGCUCAUGUCUUCGCUCAGUUGCACAAUCUGCAAGUGCUCGUCCUAGCAGAUACUGCAGUGACGACAGCAACCGUUUCAGCUGUUGUGGACGGCUGCCCCAAGUUGCAGAUGCUGGAUCUCUCAUGCACGGGUGAUACCGCAGACCUUGCUGAUGCAGUGGCGGAGCAUGCUUCUGCAACAGGAGCUGCUGCAGGGGAUUUUUUUCCGUGGAAGCAGCUGAAACGGUUAGGGCUAUUUGGAUGCAAUGUGGAGAGACAGAAAGUUGAGGCUGCCCUCAUCCUUGCAGGUGCCACCAACGCCCGCCUCUCGCUUCACAAUGAGAUGGCUUUGUUUGAAAUGCCUCGGGUGUAUGCAACAAUGAAAGGCCUCGACAUUUAA